AUGUCAGGGGACUACGAGGAGGACGUUUGCCGCAGCGCCCUGCGCCUGGUGCACGAGCUCUGCUUCGCCCCCCGCGCCCGCCCGCCCCACGCCCGCUGCCUGGAGUUCACCGACCUGCUCCGGCACCGCGGGCACCCGCGGCCGGCUGACACCGAGGUCUCCGUCAGCCUCCUCUCCGUCAUCGUCACCUUCUGCGGCCUCGUCCUGCUGGGGGUCUCGCUCUUCGUCUCCUGGAAGCUCUGCUGGCUCCCCUGGCGCCACAAGGGGGGUCCCGGGGGGGUCCCCCAAAGGAAGGAGCCCCCCCAAACCCCCGGGGGGGUCCCUUUUGGGGACCCCCUGCCCGAGAGGGGGGACCCCGAGCCCCCCCCCGAGCGCUGCUACCUGGACAUGGGCUCCUCGCUGCCCCCCGUCCCCGAGGAGGUCCCGGCUCUCCUGGGCCAGAUCCAGCCCGAGCUCUACGACGCCGCCGCCGACGGCCGCGGUGGCCCCGAAAACCCCAAAUCCCCCAAAUUCCCAAAGUUCUCCAUCCCAAAACCCUCCUCGCUGCCCCCCGUCCCCGAGGAGGUCCCGGCUCUCCUGGGCCAGAUCCAGCCCGAGCUCUACGACGCCGCCGCCGACGGCCGCGGUGGCCCCGGGGCGGCCGGAGGUGACCCCGGCGACCCCUGCGGCCGCUCCGGCCCCUCCUGCGGCCGCCUCAGCGUCUCCCUGCGCUACUCCUACGGCUCCCAGCAGCUCCUGGUGCGCGUCCUCCGCGCCCGGGACCUCCCGGCCAAGGACUCCAACGGCUUCUCCGACCCCUACGUGAAGAUCUACCUGCUGCCCGACCGCAAGAAGAAGUUCCAGACCAAGGUCCUGCGCCGGACGCUGAACCCCGAGUGGGACGAGACCUUCAGCUUCGGGGUGCCCUUCGCCGAGCUGCCGGCGCGGCGGCUGCACUUCAGCGUCUACGACUUCGACCGCUUCUCCAGGCACGACCUGAUCGGGCAGGUGGUGCUGGACAAUCUGCUGGAGGCGGCCGAGGCCAGGCCGGAGGUGCCCAUCUGGAGGGACAUCCAGGAGGGGACGGGGGAGAAGGCGGAGCUGGGUGAGGUGAAUUUCUCUCUCUGUUACCUGCCCACGGCCGGGCGCCUCACGGUCACCGUCAUCCGCGCCUCCAACCUGCGCGCCAUGGACCUCACCGGCUACUCAGACCCCUACGUCAAGGCCUCUCUGAUGGCCGAGGGCCGGCGGCUGAAGAAGCGCAAGACGUCCAUCAAGAAGAACACCCUGAACCCCAACUACAACGAGGCGCUCGUCUUCGACGUCCCCCACGAGAGCGUGCACCACGUCAGCCUCACCAUCGCCGUCGUCGACUACGACUGCAUCGGGCACAACGAGGUGAUCGGGCUGUGCCGCGUGGGCAGCGACGCCGACGGCCCCGGCCGCGAGCACUGGGCGCAGAUGUUGGCGAACCCCCGCAAACCCAUCGAGCACUGGCACACCCUGGUGGAGGAGAAGGCUCUGACCAAGGCGACGCCGCGGGACAAACCGGCCCUGGGGGAGUCCCUGGGCCCCCAGUGAGCUGGCCGGCGCCUCCGGGGCCAUCGGGGCCCGAAGCCAUAGGGGCCCCCCCGGCCCCCCCCGGCCCCCGAGACACGGGG